AUGGCAGUUUCCAACAAGGCUGUUGUGACUCUGCAACCCAACUGGCCUCUGAUAUACAAUAGUGAGACAAUCACUGUCAGAUGUGAGAUCCAGGGAGGUGCAGACACUCGAUGGGAAUAUGAAUGGAGAAAAAACAACAUGGACACAUCUCUGAAAGAUCAUGAAUACAAGAUUAGCAGUGCUUCUGUUUCCAACAGUGGAGCCUACAGUUGUAAGGCAAAUAAACCCAAGCCCACACUGACAGCAGACGAAACCAUCAUACCAGUAGGGGGCAGAGUGACACUGACCUGCUCUGUGGGUUCUGCUGACUGGAAAUAUGACUGGUUCAGACAAACCUCAGACUCUUCUAUAGCUCAGUAUAUGAGAAAUAUUAACCCAGACAGAGUCAUAAGAGUUUAUGAAGGAGGCAUCUACUACUGCAGAGGAGGAAGAGGAGACCCAGUCUUCUCCACAGAGGACAGCAACAAAGUCACUAUUCAAGAAACUGCAAUUAGACCAAAGGCCAAACUGAGUGCUGACAACAGAGACAUUCCAGUAGGGGGCAGUGUGACCCUGAUCUGCUCUGUGGACCCAUCAUCAUCUGGUUGGAAAUAUCACUGGUACAAAGGCAAGAAAACCUCUGAACCCCUGAACACACGAGAUGCUGUUUUCCAAUCAACUGGACAAAUCAGUGUCUCACAGGGAGGACUCUACUGGUGCAGAGGAGGAAGAGGAAACCCAGUUUACUACACAAAGUACAGUGAUUCAAUCAGUAUCAACACAAUUGUCUCAAAUAAGGCUGUUGUGACUCUGCGACCCAACUGGACUGAGAUAUACAGAGGAGAGGCGAUGAUGCUGAGAUGUGAGAUUCAUGACGGAGACACAGAGUGGGAGUAUGAAUGGAAAACACCUGGCGACACAUCUCCAAAUCAAAAUGAAUACAUGAUUAGCAAGGCUUCCUCACACCACAGUGGAAACUACAGGUGUAAAGGCAAAAUGAAAAAUGCACAACGUACUUCAACAGAGUGGAGUGAUUACAUCAAAUUGACAGUAUCUGACAAUGCACCAGAGUCUGUCCUCACUGUGUCUCCAUCAUGGCUGAGUCCUGGAGACUCAGUAACUCUGAGCUGUGAGGUUGAACCUCCAUCUGCAGGAUGGAGGUUCAACUGGUAUAAGACUGUUCCCAAACCAUCAGACAACUCCUACAGUGAGCUGCUACCUGGUAGCACCAAUGGAACUGAACAGGAUUCCUACAUCGUUCAUGGGUCGACACACACAGCAGGAUAUAUGUGUAGAGCUGGAAGAGGAGACCCAGUGUUUUACACUGAUUACAGCAAACCUGCGUUUGUUUGGUCUGGAGAUGUUCAUUCAGCAGUGACUCCCAAAGUGAGUCCUGACAGCGUGCAGCACUUCACCUCUGACUCUGUCUCAGUGAGCUGUGAAGGAAACUCUACUGAGUGGAGGGUGAGGAGGUUUCCUGAGAACCACUACUGGUCAUACUGUUCUAACUGGAGGUCAAUGACUGGAUCCACAUGCAACAUCAAGAGUUCACAGCAGAGUGAUGCAGUGUACUGGUGUGAGUCUGGAUCAGGAGAGUUCAGCAAUGCAGUCAACAUCACUAUACAGAAUGCAGAUAUUAUCCUGGUGAGCCCUGUGCAUCCUGUGACUGAGGGAGAUUCUGUUACUCUUGGCUGCAAACUGAAGACAGGAGAAUUACUUUCCAACGUGUUUUUCUAUCAAAAUGACAAACUUAUCCAAAAUGAUACCAGAGGGGAGCUGAAAAUCUCUGCAGUGUCAAAGUCAGACGAAGGCUUCUACAAGUGUAAAUACUCAGGAAAAGAAUCAGUACAGAGUUGGUUGUCAGUUAAGGCAGUGUCCAGGCCUGACAGC